CAGUGUGCACAGGACAUUUUGUUUGACAAGCGAGGCCGACUACUGUCUGUUUAAUACUGAGACAGGCUUUAGCUUUCCAAGGGCAUGAAGUAGACAGGGCAGUCAUAAAACGGAGGAAUGCUUUUAGGUAUUUUAAUAUUUGUUUUAAUGUGAUUUUGUAUGUUGUAUGUUUUUCAAUUGUUUAUUUUAACAUUUUUUUUUUGGGUUUAUUGUUAGGUAUUUCUUUGUUUUAAUUGAUAUCCUGUUUGUAGAAACUGAUGUCAGAUAGCGUUGAUGCUCUGGUGCUCAAUUUUAACUUAACAUCAUGAAGAAACUGCAAGAUGACGCUGGACUGGUCCCACAUAUCGUUCCUUUAAACGUGAGCGUGAUUGUGUGAGGCCAUGCUAGUUUAAGUGAUGUGACAUGGGGUGUAUUCAGAGCACCAACAAGGAGUUUAUAUUUGUUGUGUAUAACAAGCAGUAUUACACAAGAAAGCUGCAGUGCUAUACAGUAUCAUACGAGGGGGGACCCAAAAAAAACAAGACUUUUUCAAAAGCAUUCAUUUUAUUUAAAAUAUUUCAAAAAAUCUACUAAUCUCCUUCAAUGUACUCUCCAUUGGAAGACACACACUUGUCCACACUGUUGAAUUGGCACCCUUACAAGUACCUUUCCAUUCUGGAGAACCAGAAAAAGUCACAUUGGGCCAACCCCAGUGAGUAAGGUGGGUGGGGGUACAAGUGUCAUGCCCUGACUAUUCAAAAACUGGCAAAUUCACAACACUGUGUGUGCCAGGACAUUGUCAUGGUGAAGGAACCAUUCGACCGACUGCCACAAUAUCGGUCUUGUCCUCCGCAAUCUCUCAGCCAUCUUAAGACCCCUGGAUAGUACUCUUGGUUGACCAUCUGGCCCCUUGGAAUGAAUUCCUUGUGCACAAUGCCUCUAAUGUCAAAGAAACAAAUCAGCAUCGUUUUCAUGUUCAAUCUCACCCGUCUGGCUUUUUUGGGCCUUGGUGAAUCAGGAUUCUUCCACUGGUUCAAUGCUUGUUUUGUUUUAGGUUCAUACUCGUAACCUCAACUCUCAUUAUCUGUUAUGACCCUGGACAAAAGUCUGGGUCACUUUCAAGCUCCAUUUUCAAAUCUUUGCACACAUUGAGUCGAGUGUUCUGCUAGCAGAAGGGGGGUGGACAAAUUUGGCCGAAACACGCCUCAUGCUCAGGUCUUUAGUCAAAACGUGCAGAACUGAGCUCCAUGUUACUCUUGUAGCUUCUGACAACUUGUCAGUUGUGUAACGACAGUCUUCAUUUACUUUUUCACAGAUUUUUGCAAUAUUUUCAUCAUUCCGGCUGCUUGAAGGGCAUCCAGAAUGGGGUUGAUCCUCGCUGCUUAAAUGUCCAUUUUUGAAGCACAAAAACCAUUCGAAAACUCUUGCUCGACUCAGAGCUUCUUCUUUGAAAGCCAUCUGAAGCAUUUGGAACAAUUCUGUUGGUGUUUUGCCAAGUAGAAAACAAAACUUCAAACAAGUUCUUUGGUCUGUGAAAUUCGACACCACAAUUUCAACAGGGUCGCCAGAACAGCUUCUAAAAACAAUGACUGCGUGACAUGUGAGAUCGUUUCACAGAGGCGUCCGCCUGGCUACUGACCAGUGAGGGAUGAGAGAACAAGCACUGACCUUGAUCCAACCCCCUCCACUCGCCAUUCAGCCACACGGAGACAAGUCUCGUUUCUUUUGGGUCCCCCCUCGUACAUAUGAAAAUAUAUUUUUUCCUUAUAUACACCUUUAAUGGUUACUUUAAUGCUAUAAGAGUUUGACACUGGCUGUUGUAAUGUACAGUUGUGAAUUACAGACCAAUGUGCGAAACAAAUCACAACUGUGAUGCAUCAUAAAUACCUACUUUAAAUCAUUUAUUUGUACUUGUAUUCAUGUUCUUCAUUGUAAUGUUGUUUUCGCUACAUUCCCCCAGUCACAAAAGCAGUUCAGCAGUCCUUAAGUGCAGUUUGGUCAGUGAUGUUUAUAUAUAGUGCCUUUAAAACGUAUUCACCCUCUUGAACGUUUUCCCCUUUUUUUUUUUGUUAUACAACGUUGUGGUGGUCCAGUUGCGUUUGGGCACCUCUUCAACCCUAGACCGUCGAUGGUCAUAGACUGAGAUGAGCUGGGCAGAUGAGGACACAAACUUACAGCAAAGGAAGCUGGUUGUGACCGGGGGGCCUUGAUGGACUUGCGAGGUCACCACAGGGCUUUGCUGGCCCUAGUGCUAAACGUGGCUGCUCUGGUGCUGUCCUCCACUGCACUCAUUUCAUCAUACUGGUGCCAGGGAAAGCAGAAAGUGCCAAAGCCCCUUUGUACCUUGACGAAGACCACCAAUUGUAUUCCUGUCCCAGGCAUCUCCAACUCUGCUGACAUCCAGUACUCCUGGGAGACGGGCGAUGACAGGUUUGUCUUCCCCUACUUCCACACAGGCUUGUGGCACUCUUGCGAAGAAAACAUCUACGGCAAUGAUGAAAAGUGCAGGAGCUUCAUUGACCUUACCCCUCACACGGAGAAAGGAAUGAUCUGGCUCUCCGUGGUGACAGAAAUGGUUUACAUAUGCUUGUUAGCUCUGAGCUUUAUGAUGCUCAGCGCCGAACUGCUUCACUCCAGCUUGUACCCUGGCAGCCCCAUCUGUGGCCUGAAGCUCAAUGCCUUUGCAGCCGUCUUUACCGUCCUGUCAGGUCUGUUGGGUAUGGUCGCCCACAUGAUGUAUAUGCAGGUAUUUCAGGUGACUGCGUCGCUCGGCCCAGAAGACUGGAAACCACACAGCUGGGACUACUCCUGGUCUUUCUACCUGGCCUGGGCCUCUUUCACGUGUUGCAUGGCCUCUGGUGUCACCACCCUCAAUUCCUACACUAAAACUGUCAUCACGUACCGGCGCACACGUAAGGCCUACGAGGCGAGCCUGAAGAAGUACAGCCAGCUGCCAUUGUACCAGCACACAGCAGUGGCGGCCUUGUCUCGGGAUGCCCCACUCAACCCUUACUACUCCUCAGAAGAAAAGACUUUCUGCCCUCCUCCUCCUCCUCCACCUCCUCCACCUCUGACACUGCCCCCAGAUCUGUACGAUGAUUCUAAAGAGCCUGUUCUUUUUAAUGGCAUCCUUGAAUCCACAGCAGAAGAAGACAACAAGAAGGAAGAGGGAUAUUUGGCAGAAGAUGGAGAGCCAUGCUGACAUGACCACUGUCCUCACCUUGCUUAUGGCUGCAGUACCUGGCAGCCUUACCAUCUCCUUCCUUCACCAUUCCAUACUCACAGACCUUCAUUUCAUUGUGCGUAAGUCUGACUUGUGCCUCUUAUUAUGCAUUCAGAUUUCUUGAUGUCAUUUUUGAUAAACCCCAUAGCUCCUCUGCUGUUUCAGAAGAUAUUUUACAGAUGUUAGUCUGAGGAGUCGGUUGGAGUGAAAUGAAAUCUCAUGGAAUUACUGUAGCUUGUUCAGUCUGGCAGCAAAGAAAACUUGGGGACAUUUACAAUGACUCCGGCUUGUAACAUUCCAGUCACUGAGGUCCAUUUUCUCUGCUUGCUCUUCUUCUAUUUUCUAUCUCCAACUCUAAUCCAUGUUCUGUCCAUUUUCUUUCCACCAGCUCUGUAUUUGUUCUUGUACAUUGUCUCCAAUAUUAAGAAACCUCUACAUUUAGUUUCUAUCUGGUGGUGUGACCUUGUAAUGGUCGCCUGGAAUAUGGGUGCGUCACUGUGAGUUUGUACCUUUCCCCAUUCCUGUUAUUAGUGGAAUGGAUUACUUUGUAAGGCCGGCCAAUUGUACGGGGGAGGGGAGCACCUGGCUUGGAGGGCAUAACAGACUGUAGGGGGAGGAGCCAACGGUAUGUAAAUGGGUGGCAGAAAAGAGGAGAGGAGGAGCGCAGAGCCAAGAGAGAAGCGGACUCCAUCACAGGAAAAGAGAAAGGAUUGACACCGCAUGGAAACAGGUGAACCCGAGUUCAUUUCAGGACAAAUUUUUUUUCCUUUCUGAUGAAAAGUAUUCGGGAGAGGACCUGAUGGGCCAGCACAAAGAACUGUUGAUCUGUACAAUUCCCGAAGCAGGAGGUAUUGUUCAGCACCUCA